CCUCUGUCACCUCACCACUGAAGCUAAAGCGCAGCAGCUCGCACAAGCUCAGCUCGAUCUCCCACUCCCCUCCUGUCCUUGGUAGUAGCUAGCCACCGCCCACCGCGAUCAUGGGCAAGAAGAGCGGCCGCAACGGCGGGGACAAGGACGGCGGCGCCAAGGCCGCGGCCUUCGUGCUCAGGGUGCCCAUGCACUGCCGCUGCAAAGGCUGCGACGACAAGAUCCGCGCCGGCGUCAAGGACCUCACCCUCCACCACGGCAUCGAGGCGCUGGACCAGUCGGCGCUGUGGACCAAGGGCGAGCUGCGGGUGGUGUCCGCGGUGGACCCCGAGAAGCUCCUCCGCCGCCUGCAAAAGGCCACCGGCAAGAAGGUCGACCUCGCCAUCCCCAAGCAGCAGGCCGCCGACAAGAAGGCCGCUGCCGAGAAGGAGGCCGCCAUGGAGGAGCUGCUCCGCCGCAGCCUGCAGCAGCAGCAGCAGGUACAAUACGGGCGCGGCCAGGCCGCCUGGGCCGACCAGGUGCUGCCCGGCGCCGCCGCCUGGGGCGCGCUCCAGCAGCCAGGGGGCUACGGCUACGGGGCCGCCGCGGCGCAGGCGUACCCGUGGGCCGUGCAGGUGCCGCAGCCGGAGGCCUACCCUUCCUACCACUACCCGGCCACCGGCGGCGCCUGGGGCGCGUACGCGUACCCCUCUGUGGCGGCACAGGGAGCCUACGGCGGCGGAUGGCACGGCCAUGGCGCCUACUGAUCGGCAGAGCAGCUGAGCCCACGCAGAGUGCUGAGAUGAACCGGCUGCGGUGCUAGCUACAGUAGUACUUGUGUGUUUGUAAUGUACUCGUUACUACUACUAGCGUAGAUUGGAUCGACCUACCUGUUGUGAUCGACCCGUAAGAGCAGUAGAGAGGUCUGCUACUGCUUGUGGUUGUGUGUUUUGUUGGGUGAUCAGUACUGUAUGCUGGGCUGUCAAGACAAGUCAUGCUGCUCUGUAAUAUUUUGCACUUGAGUGGUGAAGGAAAGUAAAGUAGGAGUUUGUUUGAACA